GCCUGUCGACCAACCCUUGCACUUUUUUCUGACGACAGCAGCGCAAGAAGAAAGAAACGGCAGAGAGCGAGUCGAAGCAACCACCAUCCACUCCAUUCACACACACACACGUCUUCACACACUGUCUGAGCCACCGGCAAAAGCACCAUCGCCAUGGGAAAGUUCACUGUUAAGAUCAAGUGGGGCAAGGAGGUGUUCAAGGACGUCGAAGUCGACACCGACGAGGACCCCGAUGCUUUCCGUGCGCAGCUCUUCUCCCUCACGGGCGUGCCACCAGAGGGCCAGAAGAUCAUGUGCAAGGGCAUGACCCUUAAGGAUACGUGGGAGAAGUUUCCCAUCAAGAACAAGGCCUCCGUCCUGCUCAUGGGUACCGCUGGGGAGCUGCCUGAUGAGCCGGACGACAUCCAGUUUGCAGACGAACUCCCAGACACCGCCGUCGUGAACAACUACCCCGCUGGUCUCGCCAACCUGGGCAACACGUGCUACAUGAACGCCACCCUCCAGUGCCUGAAGACGGCAGACAGCCUCCGUGAUCUCAUCAAGAGCGGGAGUGUUGCUGGCGGGGAUGGCCGCGCGGCGAUGGUGCAGCAUUUGCAGCGCAUGUACACGAUCAUGGACAACGACACGGACCGCUCGGGCCUCGACAUGGCCCUCAUGGGGUUCCUCAUGACGCUUCGCCAGGUCAACCCGCAAUUUGCGCAGACGGAACAGGGGCACCCGGCACAGCAGGAUGCGAAUGAGUUUUGGGGUGUGUUGUCGCGGGCGCUGGACACGUCGCUGCGCGGCGGUGACGGCGCGUCGACGGCGUUUCCGCGUGGCGGACCCAUCAGCCAGUACUUUGGCAUCGAUCGCACAGACACCCUCGCAUGCACAGAGGCCCCAGAGGAGGAAGCCGUUGUCUCCCGCGCCUCAAACCUCCAGCUCUCCUGCCACAUCGACAAGGACAUUGGGUUUGUGAUGGCUGGUCUGAAGCGGGCGCUUGAGGAGGAGAUCACCAAAGCAUCGCCCACGCUCGGCCGUGAUGCAAUCUACAAGAAGCAGAGUCUGGUUUCGCGGCUGCCGGCGUUUCUCGCCAUCAACUUUGUCCGCUUCUACUUCAAGCGCUCCACCCAGGAAAACUGCAAAAUCAGAAAGGAUGUGAAGUUCCCCAUGUCACUCGAUGUGUUUGAACUCUGCACCCCGGAGCUCAAGGAAAAGCUCAACCCCCACCGCACCAGGUUUGCUGAGUACCAGGAUUGGGAGGCAGACAACUCUGCAUCGAUGGCCGGCAAGAAGCCGACGGACAUCGACACCACCGCCGACACCACCGAGUACUACCCGACCGAGUUUCAGGACG